GGGUCCCUUAACAGAGCUGGAUGAAAAACAUCUGGAUCUGCCUACACGAAGCCCCAAGCCCAACCAGUUGUUUCACUGAAUACAGCUUCAAUAAGCUCACUACUCACAUUCUCAAAUACAUAGAAAGAUACAGUUCGACCACGACGUUUUGACCAGGUUUACAUUUUUAUGUUAAGAUUAUGGGGUGCUGGAGAUUCUCGGCAGUGAAUAUUGUUCUUCUGUCUUUCUGCCUUCCCAUCCUCUCCUUCACACAUAUCAAGACCAGCCUGUGUAAGUGGUGUGACUACUCCAGCCCUAUCUGUGAGGACAGUGUGUGUUACACCAACUGUUCCCUCUCCUCCUUCUGUAAUCUGAGUGAAGAAAUCUGCGUUGCUAUAUGGCGGAAGGACAACCAGAGUACGAGUGUGAAGACGUUAUGCCACCAGCCCAAGCAGCCCCUGGAGAACAUCAUGUUGUCCAACUACUCCUCCAACGAGUGUGUGAUGGCUCCUCAUCCUUCUGAGGACGGGGUCCUGUUCGUCUGUGGCUGCCUGGGAGAACAUGAGUGCAACGAUAAGCUCAUAUUCGACAAGGGCUCCAAUGGUUUUUCCAAGCUCAAGAGUAAAGAUGUGAUCCCAGUGGUAGUGAUCAGCCUGGUCCCUCCCUUCUUAGUGGCUAUCAUUGCUUCCAUGGCUUUCUACCUGUACCGUACCAAACAGCCCAGCAAGCAGCCCAAAGACUGGGCUCCCAAACGCACACACUACAAGGCUUUGGACAUCCCUGAGGGACUUAGUGGGGACGUCAUCACCGGUGGUGAGGACUGCCAUGGCAAGCCAUCAGCCAUCAAUGGCGACACCACCUCUGACAUGUGUCCUGUCCGGGCCUGUAACUUCAACCACAACAUGGAGCAGCUGCCUAUCCAGCUGGAAGCCUUGGUGGGGAAGGGUCGCUUCGCUGAGGUGUGGCGGGCCAAGCUCCACCACCAGGCCACCGGUUCUCUGUACGAGACAGUGGCAGUGAAGAUCUUCCCGUCUGUGGAGUACGUGUCCUGGAGUAAGGAGAGGGCCAUCUUCUCUGACGCCAACCUGGAGCACGACAAUGUGGUUAAAUUCCUCACAGCAGAGGAGCGAGGGCCCUCCGGCUCCCCUCAGAGGCAGUACUGGCUGGUCAUGGCCUAUCACAGCCUUGGGAACCUGCAGGACUUCCUGGUGGGCCAUGUGUUGAGCUGGGCUGAGCUUUGUGCUAUGGCUGGGUCGGUGGCUCAAGGAUUGGCCCACCUUCAUAGUGAUACCACCCCCUGUGGGAUCCCCAAGGUGCCUGUGGCCCACCGCGAUCUGAAGAGCAGCAACAUCAUGGUAAAGAGCAGAAGAGAGUGUGCCCUCUGUGACUUUGGUCUGGCUCUGAGGCUGGACCUCUCCCUCACCGUGGAUGACUUUGCCAACAGUGGCCAGGUGGGGACAGCUCGCUACAUGGCCCCUGAGGUGUUGGAGUCUAGGGUGAAUCUGGAGGAUCUGGAGGCCUUUAAACAGAUGGAUGUCUACUCCAUGGCCCUGGUCCUCUGGGAAAUGGUGUCCCGCUGCGAAGUCAUAGGGGAAGUGAAGAGCUAUGAGCCGCCGUUUGGCUCUAAGGUGUGUGACCAGCCGUGUGUGGACAGCAUGAGGGACCUGGUCCUGAGAGACAGGGGCAGACCUGAGAUACCCACCAGCUGGACAACACAUCAGGGUAUGGAUCUUCUGUGUGCAACCAUCAAUGAGUGUUGGGACCACGACCCAGAGGCCAGGCUCACAGCCCACUGUGUGGUGGAGCGCUUUGGAAGUCUAGAAGAGGAGAUGGAGCAGAAGGGGUUAGACACUAUCAACAACAGCCAGAACAACCGUCAGGGUCCUCCCUCUGGCAUCUUCCCUGACUGUGACGUGGACCCUUUGACCCCUGAAACAGACACAGAGGGACCCUCAUCCCUGGGCCACUGACUGAGAUAAUAUAAGGAUCACCAGAAAGAGACAUUGUUGUAUGAUAGAUUGAUGGCACUCUACCCUACGAACAAAAGGGGCACAUUUUUGUAUGAUAUAUUGUUUAAUUUGAAGGAGCUGGUCUCCUGUUCGAUUUGUGUAAUAUAGCCUUUAUGAAGUGUCUUACGAAUGCACUUAUGAACUUGUGACACUGAAGAGUUCUUUCUGCCCCUUGGAAAGUUUUGUGCACAGGAUUCAGGGAAGAGAGCAAACUAGCAUACCACUAAUUAUCAUCCCAACUUAACAUGUCAAUUUGACCAAUAACUAAAAAAGAAGAUCAGUUUCCAAAUCUGAAGUACAUAAAUCCUAUAGUGAAUGAUGACAUGUAUGCGUCACUAAUGGCACCCUGUUCUUUACUACUGUUGACCAGAGCCCUAUUGCUCUGCUAUAUACAGGGACUAGGGUGCUGUUUGGGAGGCACCAAUGGUUGUUAUUUGCUACAGUACAGAAAGCACUAUAUUUUGUGACAAUCUCCAUUGGUGUUCCAGCUAUUUAAAUUGGUCCUCUUUCCUAUUGGAGAGAAUUUACCUUACAAGAAUGAUUCCUUACCACAUUUUUUCUUCUUCUCAAAUGAACUGUUCCAUUGCCUUCUUACAGUGUGUAGCCUCAAAAGCCCUAUUUAUACCUGCUGCUUACAUGCGUUCUUCGUCCUGAUCUUCCCCAGUCUUGCCAGUUUACACUUACAAGAUCUGAUCAAAAUUAGUUCACGAGUCUUUUAAUCAUCUACACAUGUCUAAAAAUGUGGGCACAGUCAAAAUGAGUCAAGAUUAGGACAAAGGGCACAUGUUAAAACCAGGUAUAAAGUGGCUGAAGAGCAGUGUGGUCCUCGUCCUGCCAGUAUGCAUCCUAAAUGCCACUAUAAGCUCUGGUCAAAAGUAGUGCACUAUAUAGGGAUUAGGGUACCAUUUGUGACGCAAACUAGAGUUAUCUCAGAGCUGAGGGGUUUGCAUUUUUCUUAACCACAAGCUGCUGCGACUGUGAAUGGUGAGUAGACUAGGGACCACAACACACAAACUAGCAUGGAGAAAUGCCCUUUUUAAGAUGAAAGAAAACCAAAGAGCAUUUAAUGAUUCCUUUGAACUAAUAGCUGCACACACACACACGUUUGGGGUCACUUAGAAAUGUCCUUGUUUUUGAAAGAAAAGCAAUUUUUUGUCCAUUAAAAUAACAUCAAAUUGAUCAGAAAUACAGUGUAGGUAAUGUUGUAAAUGACUAUUGUAGCUGGAAACGGCUGAUUUUGAAUGGAAUAUCUACAUAGGCGUACAGAGGCCCUUUCAAAAACAAGGACAUUUCUAAGUGACCCCAAACCUUCAACGGUGGUGUAUAAAUAUAUAUAUAUAUAUAUAUAUAUAUAUAUAUAAAUAAUUUAAAGCUAUUGCAUAAAGCUGCGUUGAUUGUCAAUAUGUUUUUUUUAUGUGAAGUAGUUGCUGCCUUCAUCCAUUUACUAAGACAAAAGUGUAUUUGAUUUAGUCCAAUCCUAUGUCUGACCAUUAAGGAGGGCAUGACCUGUCUAAAUGUAAAACAUUGAACUCACAGUAAGAGGGACUGCUGUCCCAGACAGCCUGGUAUGAGAUUCUCAGACCAAUUCAAUCAUUCAAUGACUCUCUUGCUUCAAAGGUAACAUUAAAGUCUUCCAUCACACUAACCAUGCGGACUCAAUAAACAGGAGUAGGUGUAGAUUCUAUUAAGCCAUUAAGAUCAAAAGACUUUCCUCUGAGAAGCAAAUGUUUGGGAAAGCAGCUCUCUCUUAUUGUGAGGCAUGACACGGACUUCCUCUUCAAAUCAUGAGCUGGGUCGUGUUCAAUAGGUACAAAAUGGAAGAAAAUGGAUUGAAAUGUGGAAAUACUAUCUUAGACUUGUCCAAUAAGAAGGGCUUGUUUUUGCUUUCUGUUCAAAAACGUUUUGCUACGGUGUGACUUAAUGAACACAACUCAGGUUAACCCUCUUCCCUCGGGAAUGGUCAAGUAUGGAGAUGCACAGAGUAAGUACAAGGACUUAACUAUGUGGCUUAAUGUGUCUAACAUUAAUGAUCUAUGCAGAAGAUGUUAUUUGACUUCUGAUAAAUGACCACAGAUAAAUACCAAAUGUGAACUGGUUCCACUAUCUAACAUGUUGCCUAUUUGUCUUAUAAAAGAGUUUGUAUCAAUCUUUUAUUUUCUUCCCAUUUGUGAUAUAAAAACCCCCCACUAAACUGUCAUAAAAACACACAUGAAAAAGAACAAACA